GGGGCACGCGGCCGGCCCGCCAUGAGCUCGGAGCGGGGGAACGUGCGGCGCACGCGGCCCCAGCGCCACCAGAACGCGCGCGCCUUCCAGAACGACAAGUACGACAGCAGCGCCCGGCGCAAGAAAAUAAAUGCUAAACUUCAUGAUGGAGUGUGUCAGCAUUGCAAAGGUGUCUUGGAGUGGCGAGUAAAAUUCAGAAAAUAUAAACUACUGACAAAACCUAAAAAAUGUGUGAAGUGCCUCCAGAAGACUGUAAAAGAUCCUUAUCAUAUUAUUUGUCGACCAUGUGCUGGUAAACUAGAAAUUUGUGCAAAGUGUGGGAAACAAGAAGAAAUAGUGAUUCCGAUUGAUAAAGAACAAGACAGAACUGAGAGUGGGACUUCUAAAAAUGACCAAGAGAGCACUAAAUUGAAGGAUGAGCUGGAUUUUGAUACAAAUGUCAGUAGUGCACACAGUGAUGAAGAUUCUGAUGUGCUUGAAGAACAAUUUAAAAGUAUGAAUUUUGAAACAGCGGAGAUCUGAAAGGUUGUGUUUUGCUGGAGAUUAUAUGCAAUCAAUUAUGGUAAACCAAUGCUUGCCUUAAACUGCUCCAAACCCUGAUUUCACAUCUAAGGUCCUUUUAUGUAAAUGUUGGCGUUGUGUGUGAUGAUACAUGUGGGGAUUUGUAUUAAUAUACAUUUUUGUGUAUUAGGAACAGAAUUUCUUUGAAAAUACUCAGAAAUUAUAUCUGUAAGCACAGUUAUUUAUUUCAUAAUGUAACAACUUCCUGUCUUUAUGAACUAAAGCCUCUUUGUGUAAUUGUUUGAAGUAUUAUGUGACCUUUGGAAGUAUUAUUACUACCUGGAAAUCUACUUGAAAGUCUAGAAUAAAUAGAGAUGGGAAGAGCUAAAGCAGCUGUAAUGGUUUUCUGAAGGAAGAACUUGCAGCUUUCUGUCAAUGAGUUUCCAAAUGGGGUCUUACCCUUAUGCCUGUGGGUUUUUGUUAAUUUCUUUUUUCCCCACAAAGAAGAAACGAGUGCGUAAAUAGCAUCACCAGUACAGUUCAUGAACAAUUAAAGCUUAUUUACCAUGUGUAAGUGUGCAUUACAGAUUUGUGACCUUGUUGCCACCAGUGUUUUGUAAAGAAAAAACCUGCAGGCUUUAGAAUUUGUCAUAACUCACACUUUCUUUUCAUUUUCAGAAUUCAGAGAUUCAUCUGGAUCUGAUGUAGUUUUCUCUGAUAUGAAAAGACUUGCAUAGUGGAGUGAUGCUUAUAGAAUUACUCCCUUCAAAGUUUCUAUUCCAGUGUUGACUAAACUGUAAAAUAACUAAAGUUGCAGUAACUGUCUUUACAGGAUUCAGGAUGGUUUGAUUUCUUCUGUACUGUCUUCUUGCUCUUUACAUUUAACUGACCUAUGAUGAUAUGCUAUCCCACAUCUGCUUUGGUGCUUUGCCUGAUUUGCAAUAGUGACCAUGAAAAAAACUCGAUUCUCAAACUACAUUUUUCAAAUGCUUUGUGAGAAAAUUCAGCUCUGAGAUUGUUACCCAUCCCUAUCUUGGAAUGAAGGAAGUACUGAAAUUUAAUCCUUUGGGUACAGAUAGACACCCUUUGUCUGUCCUGUCAAGCUGGAAAACACCAAGAGGUGUUUAGUGGCAGAAGAGGAGGUUGUCAGGUUCAGAUGUGCUGGAUGUGAAGGUCAUGUUUCUCUGACAGAUAAGUCCUCCCAACAGGACAGCAAUGACAUCUGUUGUCCUACCAGUUGACGCCAACAAGGUCAGAGUAAACAAGGAAUGUCCCAUGCGCACACUGCAGAUGCCAGUAGGAGGAUCGGUAGAAGGAAGUUAAUGAGUAACCUGGAUAUAACUUCAGAAAGAGUCUUUCUGAAGGGGAAACCAUGACUGUCACCAAAAUGAACUUGGCUUUUGAAAAUGACAUAUGGGAAAUAUUCUUCCACUUGGAAAAAUUUAUAACGGCCUUGUCCUUUGUUGAAAGGUGAAAGGAAAUCCUGAAAUUAUACGAAAACAUGUGAUGGAACUGGCAGGAGCUGCAUAAUGAGAAAAUAAGGGGAAGAAUUCUCUUCUCAUAGUAGUGACACAACCUGUCAGUACCAGGAGUGAGCAGAGCAAGAGAGAUAAAUGAUAUGUUGCAACACAGUGCAAAAAUGUUUGUAUAGAGGAAAAGACCUCUGAAAUCUUCAUGUCACGCUCCUGAUGCUCUGUUUAGAACUGGUACUAGAGCUGGUAAAACUUUGCUGUGGGUGAGCACAGGUGCAGUGGUGGCUGGCUGGUGUUAGUACUGCCUGUCUAAAGACAGUUUUUGGUUCUACUAGGCCUUCUGUCUUUGGUUGUAACUGUGGCUAAAGGAUACACUGCUGAAAAUCAUUUCUGCAGCACCAUUUAACGUGCUGAUUGUGAGUCAGCUUACAAAAUGGCAGCUUUGCAAGGGAAAAGGAGUUUGCGUUUUACUAAAGACACUUAUAAUGUAAGUGAAAGGAACAAUUGUAAUUUUCUUGUUUAAUUUUCACUGAAGAUUAGGAUAUACUUGAAACUGCGUUAAGCUAUUGUCAUUCAUAAGAGUUCUGAAUACCAAGAGUUUGGUUUUCUUGUCUCUUUUUGUGGAACUUACUGAGCAGAGGAUAAUACAGGAGUAGGACCCCUUUGAAUGCUGAUCUUCAGUAAAAUCAUAUAGAAAUGAGAAUUUUUUUUAAAAGAAAGGAGAUCAAAAGUAAUCAAAGAUUUUCGAGAUCUUCAGUGUAGUCAUAGAAAUGGAAUGGUAGUCAUAUAAAUGGUUUCUUACAGUUUCUAGUUGAGAUUUUGAAAUCUUUCUGCCUCUUCUCUCACAAAUAAUAAUGAAUUUGUGUCUAUAAACUUUAGAGGAGAUAAGAAUACCACAGUGUCUGCAGUGUAUUGAGAUGCAGUUUAAACAGUAUGACAGAUGAGAUUUCUCAGGAUUUUUCUGGACCUUGCGAUGCCUCACCAAAUACAUUAGUGAAAAAGAAAAUGAUAGAUGUUAAUUAGUCAUCUGUAGAAUACUUGAUGCAUCACUAGUGAUGCAGUGAUGUUGCUGGCAGCUGAUUUCCUGUUACUAGUGCCCUUAGGAGUGUCACUUGGCAUGACUCAAUGCUGAAGUAAUUAAUUAAAUAGUGGACUGCCGGUAUGUGUGAGGCAGGCAUGCCAGAUGAUUCUUACUCCACAAGGGGAAAUGCUCAUUGUAGGCUGGAGCUGCCGGAAGUCAACAUGGUUGACUCGUACACAUUUCUGGAAAUCAAAUUGCCAUAUGUAAGGAUUUCGUAAGACAACUGGAUUCAUUGCAGUAUGAGGAGAAUCUAAUAUGGACACAGUGCUACCUGCUAGCAUAAUUCCGUAACAAUCUUCUCUAUCAAAGUUCACAGGCAUCUCUGAGACAUCCUGUCAUCAAAUGUUUUGAAGGAUCAGGCAAUGCGAAAAACAUUGCCCCGUGGUUUACUUCCAGUUUUGCAUGGGCUGGGCUCUUCUAUUCUUGUCUUAGCUACUGAUUAAUCUGUGUUCCUCUAAAAUACUGUAGUAAUACCAGCCUCUGAAAGUUUAUAGGACUACCAGUUAAUUAAGAAAAGUACAGCUUGCUUUCUUUCAUGCCCUGUAAUGGGCAUGUACUUGGAUGUAAAUCGUAACAUUAGCAAGGAAAAUUGAAGAAAAUAUCGCAGGUCAUCAAAUGUGAGCCACCCUGUAAACCUCUAGCCCUAUAAUUAUGUAUGAUUUCUUUGUUUAGGAGUCUCAUAAGUAAAUGCAUGCUGGUAGAAAAUGCAAAACUAGGUGCUUUUUGGAAGCAUCAGCCUGACUUAUAGAGUUAAUGAGGAAAACUUUGUAAGUGACACGGAGACAUGCUUUUCAUUAUCAGAUGUUUAGGGAGCUGCUCACGGAAACUGCCAGCAUCUCACUUAAUUCUCCUGCCUACCUUUCAUCUGAAAGCUAAUACAAUUCAAAACUCCUUGCAAAAAAGAAGGUAUUAACUCUGCCUACAGAGUUUGUAAAGUGGGAUUCCUAAAGUUUGGAGUAGUUGAAGUGAACUCUUUCUGUGGCUUGUCAACAAAUAACCUGUAACAGACUAGAAGUAAAAUAUUUGGCUUAUUCAGGUAGCAGACAUUUCUCUUGGAGCCUCUAAAACAGUUAAGAUGAAAUAACAUUAAAAUUGUUGUGGUUUUUUUAAAUUUUUUUUAUUUAUUUUUUUUUUCCUGAAGUCAAUGAGAAAACACCUAUUUGUUAUAAUAGGGGUAAUACAAUUCAGUUGUCAGUAAUAAGCUUGAAUUACACCGGAGCCAAAGGCAUUAAGAUUUUACCUGAAUCUCUCCUUGCAUUUCUGACAUAACUUCAGAAACCCAAAGUGAAGGGAACAGAUGUAUUCUUAUAAGUGCUUUGAAAACAGCACCAAAUACUGUAAUAAUUUGUUUUUAAACUGCAACAGAAAAGAGCAUGUUUUUAUACCAAAACAAAACAAAAAGAGUUUAUGCCUGUGAUAGUAUGGCAGCACUCAAUUGAAAUGUCUCUUUUUAGGACAGCUUGCAUUUUUGGGCCUCAAGAUUGUAGUAUCUCUUCUUCUUGUACUUGACUUGCGAUUCCCUAAUGUUAUGUGGGCAAGUAUGACACCAUGUGUCAAAACUAUCUAUGAAAAGUAUCCGCAGUUUAAUUAUUACUAAAUGUAUAAUCAGUGAAACUUGUAGCAUUUUUUUGAAUAAUAUGUAGUGGCAAAACUAUACUUGUAACAGUUUGAUUUAUUUCUCCCCGCCCCUCCCCAUCCCCCCCCCAAUAGACUCUUGCCUCCUGACUAUUAUGUUCCUUUUAGGGUUAUUUUGUAUCCUUGUCCCAGCCACUGGACUGAGGAAGUUUGUAGCGGGCAUGAAAGCUGAUACAAGCUCUGACUGUCAGCAAUAAUAUAUUACUCCAGAUUAUUCCCAAUAGAAAGAGCAGAAUUGAUGCCUGGAAGGUAAAACUGCUCUGCUUUGUGGAUCCAUCUUGGAGGUGGACUAUGUGGGCAUCAUCAGAUACAGGGGAAGCUGGUAGAUCAGCUUCUCAGAAAGAACAACCCUGUACACCCCCACUACCAACACCAGUGCGAAGUGGUAACGCUUGUAAGAUGUAUGUGAAGUGAAA